AUGGCUCUGGGCAGUGAGAACCAUCAGUCCAUCUACUACGAGGACUCCUCCUCCUCCUCCUCGGGCUCGGCGUCUCCCAUCUGCGGUCCCUCCGUGGUCCGGCGGAAUGCCCGUGAACGGAACCGUGUCAAGCAGGUCAACAAUGGGUUCAGCCAGCUCCGCCAGCACAUUCCCGUGGCUGUGAUUGCCGACCUGAGCAACGGCAGACGCGGCAUUGGACCCGGUGCCAAAAAACUCAGCAAAGUCAGCACUCUGAAGAUGGCCGUAGAGUACAUACGCCGCCUGCAGAAGCUAAUCGAUGAGAAUGACAAUGGUCAGAAGCAGCAGCUUCAGCAGCAUCAUCAUCAGCAGCAGCAAUUGCAGCAGCAGUUGCAGCAGCAACAUCAGCAACAUCAACAGCAGCAGCAACAUCUGCACUUCCAGCAGCAACUCGAGCAACAUCAGCAGCACAUUUACGCGUGGCAGCAGCAACUCCAGCUUAGUUCGCCCUCGGGAAGUGUGAGCUCCUGCAGCAGCUUGGACAGCAGCAGCAACUACUUCCCAGGUGUUGCAGCAACAGGUCACCCGGUGGCCACAUCCUCCAGCUCCAGCUCCAGCUCUGCAUCCCCAUCCGCCUCGAACUUCGUUGCCAAGCUGGAGACCAGCUACGAAGACUAUCGCAACAACUCGUGCAGCUCUGGGGCCGAGGAUGAGGACAUCCUUGACUACAUCUCCCUCUGGCAGGAUGACCUGUAG